AUGCAGGAUCAACAGGUGGACCAGCAACAGCUAUCGGAAAGUUCUCGAUCAAGCUUGUCUAGUAAAUCCAUGUUCCACUCACGGGCGGUCAUCGAAGCUGGUGAUCUGGUCAUUGUCUAUAUGUCUAGGGACAAUCUCACAUCGAUCAUCAUCACUCCUGGAGAAGAGAUACAUAACAAAUUUGGUCGAUACGCUCAUGUAGAUCUGAUCGGGCAGAAAUUUGGUACAAAGAUACUAUAUCUACCCGAUAUCUCGUAUAUAACCAUGCGUUUAGGAGUACGUGUAGGAGGUAAAGUGAUAGAAGCGGGUACAGGCAGUGGAAGCAUGACACAUAGCUUGUCCAGGACGGUGGGAUCUACAGGACAGGUCUUCUCAUUCGAAUACCAUCAGCCGAGAUAUGAAAAAGCACUAGAGGAAUUCAAAUCUCAUGGACUCGAGAAUGUGCGACUGCAGCACAGGAAUGUUUGCAAGGACGGUUUCAAUGAUGCGUCAGGAGUAGAAGCGGUAUUCUUGGAUCUCCCUGCCCCUUGGGAAGCGAUACCCCACGCAAUGAAAACGUUGCGACCCGAUAUCAUUACGAAAAUCUGUUGUUUUAGUCCUUGUCUUGAACAGGUUCUGAAGACGGUGUCCACUCUUCGAUCAGAAGGUUUUUCAGAUAUCUUCACACAAGAGGUACUCAUACGUACGCACGAGCUUGUCAAAGAGUCUGAUCCAGAUCAUCUCGCCUCUGUCUCAUCCAUCGUGGAUUCUCUGAAAGCUCAUGAAAAACGAAAAGUAGAGAGGAGAGCUGUCCAGAUGAAGACCGCCAGGGAAAAAGCUAGAAGGCAGAAAGAGAACAGAGAUGGCGUUUCUAGCUCUGAACACGUCGAACCUGGUCAAAAGAGGAAAUUAGAAGAGGAUAAAGCCGAAGGUACACCAUCAGCAGAUAUCGAUAAUGAAGAAAAACAGCAGGAACGAAUCAAAGAAUACUCGGCUUGGGUUGAACCCCAUACUCAACUGAAGAACGUCGUACUUACCAAACCAACUCCCGAAAUGAAAGGACAUACAUCUUAUCUCACCUUCGCCUCCUUGUAUCCCGAAAGUAUACGGAAUGCAAUCGCUGCUCAAGAAUCUAGCAAAUCCGCCGUCGUGACACCGAGAUUGGCUGAGCUGGUGGCGGAGAAAUUAGCAGGAAGAGCAGGUAGUCAGGAGACGGAAUAUGGCAGUGAUGGUCUGGAUGAGGUGAUGGGGACAUUGACUGAAGAGGAGAUGAUCGCUCUUGCAGGUAAGUAG